UCUAUGUUUGACGAGCGGACGCGUUCGGUCGACGACCACGACCACGAUCACGAUCACGACCACGACCACGGUGACCGCGUUCAUUCAUCUGUUUUCAAAUAUAAUAUUAUAUUAUAAUCAUAUUACGUGGGUAUUAUAGAUCGAGCUACGACGGUCCCGUUCCGUUAACACCGUCGGCAUUUCCGAGACAUUUUAUCUUCGUCGGGUUUUCGCGCACCGGCAAUUUCAUCGCGUGAAAAAGUUCCUCCGGCGUAGCUGAAGCCCAAUAGGCUAAGUCGUAUAGAUUACACGCAUCAGUUGCGUACGACCAUCGUCGUGAUGCGUUAUUGUGUCCCGUCGACGAUCCGUUGGCGCGUCGAUCGGAAAUCGGAAUUCGCCGGGAAGACGCCUUCGUAAGUCGAAAUAUUUUGAUAUCAAGGCGUUCAUAAUUAUUACGUGAUUCGUAUUAUCAACCAUUAGCAAUUUUGUGGGACACACGAUCAAAGUAGUGAACUAAGCAGUUACUUAAAUAGUGAACUUCAAUAAACAACAAACAAAAAAAUGGCCAACUCUACGUCGGUAACCAAGUGCACUGAUUUUUCGGUGUCCAGCCUCUGCCGAGACAUGAAAACUUCACCUCCUGAUCCAGCAAUCGUGGUCGGUGGAACUGGCACUAAUAUGAAAUUGACACUGCCUCUUGCAGCUUGCGCACCGUUUUCAUCCAAUAUUAAUGGACCAACAGCCAUCACGACCGCAGUCGCUGGUAGACCGCCACAGUCCACGUCGCCGUCGCCUUCGCCGUCACCGGCCACGCUGCGCGAACUGUACGCCAUGGCGGCCAGCCAACAGCACCAGCAGCACUCGCGACUGCUCGAGCUAUCCAACAGAUAUCGCGGGUAUCCGGAAAUCGCCCAUCACGUGUUCAACCAACAAGGAGCAGUCACCAAGUUGCUAGGAACCCUUAGACCUCCUGGCCUGAUUGGUGGAAGCAAACCCAAGGUUGCCACUCCGGCAGUCGUAUCGAAAAUUGAAUUCUACAAACGAGAAAAUCCAACGAUAUUCGCGUGGGAAAUUCGCGAAAAGCUCAUAUCUGAAGGUGUGUGCACGAACGGUACAGCGCCGUCGGUGAGCAGCAUCAACCGUAUAUUGCGGAACAGGGCAGCGGAGAGGGCCGCGGCCGAGUUCGCCCGGGCCGCAGGGUACGGGCUGUACCAGGUGUCACACCCGUACGCGUCUUUCCCGUGGCCACCACACCCGCACGGCAUGUGGCCGGGCGUGGCCGCAGACGGUCCAUCCGCUGUGGCCGCAGCAGUAUCGUCGUCCGGCGGACUGCCGAUGCACCACGGACCGUCCGGUGCGUCCAACAAAAACACACCACUGCAGCAGAUGAUCAAUGCCCAUCAACCUUGCGGCGUAAUGUCGUCCAGAGAUCUCAUGCCCAGGCUCUUAGGUGACGGAUCCGGAGGCGUUGACGGUUGCAAAGACGACAUGGAAAGUGUGGGCAGUGGCAGUGGUUCCGAGCAACCAAAGUUCAGGCGUAACCGGACCACGUUCAGCCCGGACCAACUCGACGAACUGGAAAAGGAGUUCGACAAGAGCCACUACCCUUGUGUGAGCACUCGCGAACGGCUGGCUGCCAAGACCAGUUUGUCCGAAGCCAGAGUCCAAGUAUGGUUCUCGAACCGAAGGGCCAAGUGGCGGCGGCACCAGCGCAUGAACAAAUCGCGUCGGUCGGGCGUGGCGGCCGCGUCGACCGUGUCGGGCGGCAGCAGCGGUUCGGCGGCGGGUACGCCCACGCCGCCGGUCGUGUCGCCCGUCGCGGGUGCGAUCGGUGGCCUGGUCGGUGGACCAGACGGCGUCGGCGGUCCACCCUGUCCGGCCGCGGUGACCAGGUGCCUGGGUGGCGGCGAGAACAGCGCGUUCCGAUCGUUGAUGCCACAACAACACUUGCACCGACAGCUCGUCCAGCAGAGUUACGCCGCAUCCGAAUCGUCCGAAGAGAUAAACGUGACAACGGACGAUGAAGACGACGAAGGUGGUGCCGUUGGCAGCGUCGGUGUCAGCGGCGUUGGCGUCAUUGACGAGCCGAUGGACGACGGAGACGGUUCCAAUAAUUCGUCUUCGUACAACAACAACAGAAAUAACGACAACAACAACAACGACGGCAGUGGAGGCGGCGGCGAUGGCGACAUUGACGAUGACGACGACGACGGAAAGACAUCGGCGGCGGUCUCCCUGACGUCACCGGCACCACACCAUCUUCAUCACAAUCAUCAUCAUCAUAACAAUCACCCUUCCCGUCCACGAUUCGGUGCCGACCGACCGCCGUACUUCGGUCACGUCAUGCACCCGGCCGACCAGAAACGAGCGAUCGACAACCCGAACAACAAUCACCACCACCCGCACCACCAUCACCAACACCUCCACAACAACAACAACAACAACAACCACCACAGCAACAACAACAAUAACAGCAUUCAGCACCACAAUAGCGUGCUGUCCACGAUCGCUUCGUGGCGCGAAAUGGCCGCCUUCACCGCCCUUCACCACCGGGCCCUCGAACAGGGCGCGGCCAAAGCGGCUGCGGCUGCGGCGGUGGCGGCGGCUGCGCAACCGUUGCAGUUGACCAAGUACGACAAGGACAGGGCGUAGGCCGGACGGUGCAGGUGUUACGCAUGUACAACAAGCCACACGUAAUAUACAGGGUGAUUCAAAAGUUUAAAUUAUAAUGUGUCGAUAAAUAGAGUCGAGAUGAUGGACGCAGAUGGAAAAAAAGAAAGAAAAUACCUCGCGUACCUGUCACGUUAGCCGGGUCGUAUAGAACAUUAUUAAUUGUAACGCUCUAUGGAGUAAGCUAGACUUGAUCGUUUUGAAAAGAUUUUUCGCUUCACCUAUCAUUCCUGCUGCAGUAGAGGUAUGUUCGUUUUUAAAUAAUAAAAAAGGUACGAAUUUUCCCAAAUCGGACGGAGUUUUUUGAAUCACUCUGUAUUAUAAGCUUAACGGUAGUAUAAUAAUUAUAAUUGUAGGUAUAACAAACUGAUAAUAAUAUCACCGCGUGGUGCGUUUGCACGGGCAGGAAUAUUAUAUAGUUCGACGGACGAAAGGCCGUUUCUAAUGUGUCGGUAUAAUUUGUUUGUUUUUUGACGUGCGUAACAGACCGUGGGCACUGUCGGAGGGGGGGAGCAUACCACUCUUUUCAACCAUUAUCAUUUGCAGGGGCGGAGGGCUUACUUAGUCGUAUAUGGUUGACUUGUAAGUAUAUUUGAGAGAAUUCUCCGUGACGAGUUUUUUCCGAUGUACGUCGCAUAAAAAUGGGUCUCGUGCGACUACGACUAUACUCUCGAAUACACGACGACCGUGUACUGUUUGUGGGGUGUGGUGGGGUAAAAUAGGGGUAUACUCAGGCAUAUAUACUCAAAAAUAUCGUUUUUGCAAACGCGCAAUCAAUAUAGCGUUUUGCUAUGCGUGGUUUUUUUUAAAUCAGUCGUGCUGCAGGGGACCUCUAUACAGCAAUUCCCCUGUAAAUGUAUACGCAGAUCGCAUCACCUAGUCAGCCCCGACUGUGCUCGAUUUUAUUAGAUUUUUCAACGACGGUGGAGCCCCAAAUAGUUUUUGGCUCGUUACAAUAAAAUAUUAUAUUAAUAUUACACCGAAAUCGGGAGAAAUAUUUUCGGGGGACACCACCCUCUCACGACAGGUCGACCGCGUGCCCGCCCACCCGCAUCGCACAUCUGUUUAUGUCUUUAGGCUAUUUAUUCCUCUUUACAUUUUUUUAAUUAUAUUGUUUUCGUAGUUGCGUGUGUGUUGUACAAAGAUUUUUAACGUGCAUUAAUCGUGAUUAUUUGUAUGAUAUUAUUACGCGUAAAACUCGUGUAUCCAAUAAGUAGUUAAUUUAAAUCAAUUAUUAUAAUAUUAUUUGAUGUGUUUUUAAUUCAUUUCGGUCGGUUCAACGAUCGGUGUGAUUAUAAUAAUAUAUGUUUGUAUAUAUGUAUUAGUGUAUCGUAUAAUAAUAGUUUAUGGUGUUCGAGAUGUACAAUAUAAUAAUAAUAUAGUCGAUUGAACAAAAAAUACAAAAUAUAUAGGUAUAGAUGUAUACUUAUACCUAAUAAUGUAAUAAUAUUAUAAUAUAGGUGUAAAAUAUAUAAUAAUAGUAAUAUAAUAAAGACGGUUUUGAUGUGACGUCUAUUUUUUCUGAUUUUUCGCCUAUCGACACGGUUUACGUCGUUUCGAUUAUAUGUAUAUAAUAAUAUGUAUAUAAAUAGAGUGGCUAUCGAAAUACAUAUACUACGCGUACAUCAAAUAGUUUAGGUAAGCUAGUGUGGUUUUUUUUUUUGUAAAUAACUAUAUUGUAAACGACUCACGAGUCACGUUGAACGGAGGUGGUUUAAAUCGAUACUGUUGUGCGAAUAUUAUUGCAUUUAAUCUUGUAUUACAGAAACCAAUAAAGCAAUACUGGUAUCCACUUUAUAGUAUAUUAUAUUACUACAUACGCAUAUCUCCCAAGAUUAUUAAAUAUUUACCUCGUUGCUAACAAAUCGUCGAUCCCGUAUUAUAUAUAGGCAAGAAACCCCCGACCCCCGAGUUUCGAGUACACUGAAUUUUAUAGAAUUUCGUUGUAACACGUUACGGGGUACCUCCAGAGGUAUUACAUGAUAUUAUUAUUAUAAUAAUAUUUAUCUACCUAAAUUGAGAUAUGAUUUUAUCGACUUUUGCACUACCGCGGUCGAAUCAGGAUUUGACCAUUUGAUUUAUAAAUCAUUGUAUUAUUUGUUUUAUUUGGUAUAGGUUUCGCGGUGUAUGAUAGUCUUAUAAACGUCGACAUUUGUCCAUCGUUUUCUAUUGUUAUUUUCGGUCUCUCCGCGUAUAAAAUUGUGUUGCUCUCAUCCUCGCGGACGUCUCGCUGUAUAAUAUCAUGUGCAACAGGUGUGUGUCUCGAACCGCUAAAUCCUGAGACGCGUCCCUGUAGUCGAAGACCCAAAUGUAUAAGCAACAUAUAAACAUAUAAUAAUAUUCUUUAAAGUAGGUACGCAAGUUUUUAUCAUCCCUGCAGGACCUGCCACACACGGCUACGACAUUUUUUUUGGAUUUCUUUAAACAUGACUCUUUAUUUUUUUUUUGUCGAAUCACACAUGCACUUAAUUUUUAAUUGUAUAUUUCUUUUACUCGUACACAGCUUUAGGUGCACUCGGGAUUUAAGUUUUGGCGGGACUCGGGAUAGGUACUGUAAGUAUAAUGCAUUAUUAACAUAAACCCUUUUCUUUUAGUCUGGGGAAGGAGAUAUCUACGCGGGUGGUGCUAGAAAUUCACUGACCCUAGACCGGAAAUAAAACGUCUAACUUAAAUCCGAUUGGGCCGGGGGAUGGGCAAUGUCUCCGGUGCCCUGCACCCCAAAUUCCACCUACGGGUAUACGGCGUACUUGACCGGAGAGGAUCGCGCAAUACCAUUGGGUGCAUUCAAAUUUAAAACACAAUAUAUAAGUCGUAAUUGGCGAUCGCUUUCGGGCUCGGUAGGUGAGAAUAAUAUAAUAAUAAUGUGUCAGCUUUGCCAAGAGAUGGACCUCAUCGGAUACCAUAUUCAGGUGUAGGAACCACACGAAUCGUGAUUAUUUAAUGCUUACGAAUACAUUUUACCUAAUAAGUGCUUUCGAUCGAAAAGAACGUCGUACGGUCGUCAGUGUCGCGUUUAUAUUAUAUUAUAUUAUUAUUUAUUUUUAUGUUUAGAUAAUAUAUUAUAAUAUAUGUACACACAUAAAAUAAUUUUACAAUGUAAACGUUUAGUUUAUAAGGUAUAAACAUUUAUUUUUAAACGAACAUUUAGGUUAUACGUAGACAAUUUUAGUAAAUUAACGCUGAGUAUCACUGACGAUUUGAACAAAUUAUAUAAUAUAUUAUAUUGAGUAUUAUAUAUAAUAAUAUGACAUAUAGUUCGCUUAUUUUAAUUAUAAUUUCAGUGUUUUAUUAUUUUUUUUUUAUAUUUUAUAACGACUUAUCUGUGAUAUAGCCUAAUUAUUACAAGUUUAAUU